CCCCACCCCCCGGAUGUUCGGCUCGCGUCGGCUUCACUCAAACGGCUCUUCCAUCUUAUAAACCUCCGCAUCCUCCCAUGGCGGAAAUUCUCGCCCUCCCUCACCUUCCCCAUCUUCCUCCUCCCGCCUUCGCGGAACCCGAGCCCCCCGCGUCCUGCCCCACCUACUGAGCUCAACCGCCGUGCCCUAGGUCGCGAGAUCUCGGGGAGCGGAGCCCCGCGGCAGCCGGGAACAGGGACCGCGGCGCGAUGGUGGAGACGGGCGCCGGGAGGCUCCACCAACGCCGGGGCGCGGCAGCCUUCGUCGCAGCCAAAAAGACGCUGCUGGCCGCCGCGUGGGUCGUCGGGUUCGCGCUGGUGUUCCUGUGGCAGAGCGCCUCGAUAUCCCUGAGGAGCGGCGGCGCCCGCGGGGGCAGCGGCAGCGGGGGCGUGCUCCUCGGGCUCCUGUCGGCGCCGCUCCCGCCGCUGCGCCCCGCGCCGCGGCUGCGCCCGGCGGCCUACAACCUUACGGACUUCGGCGGCGUUGGGGACGGGCGGGCGCUCAACACCGGGGCGUUCGAGCGCGCCGUCGAGGCCAUCUCGGCGCUCGCGGAGCGCGGCGGCGGGCAGCUCAAUGUGCCCCCCGGCCGGUGGCUCACGGCGCCGUUCAACCUGACCAGCCACAUGACGCUAUUUCUCGCCGAGGGCACUGAGAUCCUUGGCAUUCCGGACGAGAAGUACUGGCCAUUGAUGCCAGCGUUGCCAUCCUAUGGAUAUGGACGGGAGCGCAAAGGGCCUCGCUUUGGAAGUCUCAUUCAUGGACAGAAUUUGAGAGAUGUUGUAAUUACAGGACACAAUGGUAGCAUAAAUGGCCAAGGUGAAGUUUGGUGGAUGAAGCAUCGCAGAAGAAUGCUGAAUAACACGAGACCUCCUCUUGUGCAGCUGAUGUGGUCCAAGGACAUUAUUGUUGCAAACAUAACAUUGCGAAAUUCACCUUUCUGGCACUUUCAUCCAUAUGAUUGCACAAACGUAACCGUUUCAAAUGUUACUAUCUUAUCUCCUGUUUCUGGCGCUCCAAACACAGAUGGCAUAGAUCCAGAUUCUUGUCAGGAUGUGCUCAUUGAGAAUUGCUAUAUAUCUGUUGGUGAUGAUGCAAUAGCUGUAAAGAGCGGUUGGGAUCAAUAUGGAACUGCAUACGGACGCCCAUCUUCGAACAUUUCAAUCCGCAAUGUAACUGCCCGUUCUCUUGUGAGUGCUGGAAUUUCAAUUGGUAGUGAGAUGUCUGGUGGUGUUGCAAAUGUUACUGUGGAGAAUGUCCGCAUCUGGGAGUCAAGGAGAGGUGUGAGGAUAAAGACUGCUACAGGAAGAGGCGGUUACAUCCGUAACAUCUCCUACCGCAACAUAACCUUCGACAAUGUCCGUGCUGGGAUUGUGAUAAAGGUUGACUACAAUGAGCAUGCUGAUGAUGGGUAUGAUCGGAAUGCCUUCCCUGACAUCACGAGCAUAUCGUUUAAGGAAAUCCAUGGGCGGGGUGUUCGGGUGCCUGUUCGUGCUCAUGGCAGCGACGUUAUCCCCAUAAAGGAUAUCAGCUUCCAGGACAUGUCUGUAGGCAUCAGCUACAAGAAGAAGCACAUCUUCCAGUGCUCCUACGUCGAAGGGCGUGUCAUUGGGUCCGUGUUCCCGAAACCAUGUGAGAAUCUGGACGUCUAUAAUGAGCAAGGGCAGCUUGUCAAGCGGGCAGUAUCCUUGAAUAGCACAGAGCUUGACUAUGAUAUCUGAGGCACAUACUACAGCGAUGGUAGGGAGUAGUGGAAAUGGGUGCUCUCUACCCUCUGAAAUCAAUUCUCUCCCGCUUUCUAUGUUUUUUUCUCUAGAAUUGUAAAUAGCAAAAACAGAGGAGAUUCUCCUCGUCAUAGAUUUGCUGCUUGCAGUGGCUGAUUGUAUCUCACCAGUGAUUUAGCCAUCAGCAUUUUGCAUUGGCAGAACCUCUCCUGGAGACAAAUCUAUGCUGUCAAUAUAGUUUACGCAUGAAGACUCUAUAGUGUA